GAAGUGGUCGAGUGCGUGUGUGUCGCUCUGUCUGGUGUCUCGCACAAGUGUCAAUUUGCCGGUUGCGCUUCUUAAACAUUUCGUAAACUUCUGAAAGUGAUGUAAAGUACUGAAUUUAGUAAUGGAGGUUGUUACUCAAAGGUUUACUGUGAUGUUCCUUAUGAUUGUUGACAAUGAACUCUAAAGUUUUGUGAAAGUUCAGCCAGAGAAAUACGUUUCCAGUUCCAUCCAUGCUGUACGGACUACAGACGACUUCCCACGCUGUGAACUUCCUUCCUCUGCAUAUACUGAUGCUGUGUCAACGGAUAUUCAUCAGCAAGAUUCGAGUCUGCUAGUCAUCUGAUGCAUCCAGAAACCAAGAUGACCUCUUCACCCAUCAUGGGUGCAAGCCCUCGUUCCUCCAAACACUCUCACCGCAGACGACACAACAGAAGGCUUUCAAACUGCGUUAAUGUGCAACAAGAAGUCAUUGAUAACCGUUCUAAUUGUACGGAAAAACCUGAGCACUACCCUUCUCACAUCUUGUCCUCUUUGCGGAGCGUGGUUCCCUCUUGUGAAGAUGUCGCCGUAUCCAAAUGUCACCAGUGCAGUAGUCAUAAAUCUAGUAACAUCAACAACGGUCACAUCCGGGAAACGGGAGAUCCAUCUUCAAAGCAUCGUUGUUUUGGUGCCACAAUAUCCAUUGAUCAGAAAUGGUUUCCAGUUUCAAGUUUCUCCAGUACGCAGUUGUGUUCUUUCUGCAAUGGCAGUGAAAACUGUUUAGCGUCCAACAAUCAAGUUGGUUUGGUCCAGCGCUUAUACAACAACGCGAGCCAAAGAUUACGACUCUCUAGGUCUUCGAGAAGUGAAAGCAAUCUCUGCUGUCAAGCAAGUGAUAGUCGAGGAAACGGUUCAUUCUCUUACAAUGUUAUAGAAAAACUUGAAAAAUCGUUAAAUAUGGUUCUAUGGAGCUUAAAGUACCCCUUCACAGAUGGUUUAAGGCGUAGUAUCUUGACAAACUCUAGUUCAUGUCGUGAGCAGCGCGAACCUAACUGCUCUUCAGUUGCACUAAAACCUGAUGAAUCUCUAGCGCACUCUGAUAGACUACAAGGCGAUCGUGAAAUCAUUAACCCAUUUCCAAAGAACCAAAUGUCUGAUAGAUCUACGGUGAUUGUUCAUCCCUGUGCAAAUAACUCGGUGCUAAGCAACAAAACCGAUUCCAAAGACUCGCGGCAAAAAUUGCCCAUCGCUAAGGCUCAAAAUUUCGUUGAACCAAGUCCUUGUCGGGAAGGCAGUAGUUCCCCAAGGAACACUGGAGCUGCAAAGUGGGGACCUUCUGUUCUCAGAAGAACUCCAUGGUUCUCGUUCUGGAUGUCUCUCCCCUUCUUCCUGGUCUUGAUUGCUGCCUCACUCCCCAACUUGGCCGAGGGCUGCUCGUCCCGGUCCACGCCCCGUCCCCGGCCGCUGUCCCCAACACUGAGGCCCAACAUCACCUUCCAGACGUACGCGUGUCCCCCAGCAUACGCUGCCUGGUAUUGCCUCAACGGCGCUACCUGCUUCACCGUCAAGAUCGCAGAGUCUAUCCUCUACAACUGCGAAUGCGCGGACGGGUACAUGGGGCAGCGGUGCGAGUAUAAGGACCUGGACGGAUCGUACCUUCCUACAGGAGACAAGGUGCUGCUAGAGACCGCGUCCAUCGCGGGGGGCGCAGCGCUCGUCAUCAUCCUUGUUUUCUUCGGCAUCUUCUCUGCCUUUGCCCUCAAGAACAAACGCUCGCAGCACAAGUAA